AUGGAAGCGGAAGAGGCUGCGAGAGAUUUGCUACGGGCGAUCUUUGUCACCCCGUCACAGAAAGUCUCUGAGAAGUACAUCGAAGCUGUGAUUGAUGCCGCUGUCUCGUUCACUGUGAAUGUUGUCCCAACAGGAAGUUUAUCGAGAACGAGAGCUCUGGCAAGGGCUUAUACGCUUAUCUUCAUACAUGAUGAUGCUGUUGAGUCGGGAAAUUUCGAUGCAACCAUUCCGAAUAUGUGUAACAAUAAUGAGCGACAUUCUCACACUGCAUUUGACAUGGUAGCCCAGGAAGUCAUGUCUGAGGACACUGCGCAGGGCAGGAGAUUUCUGGACGGUAUGAUGUCGUGA